AUGCAACCAUCAGCGAAUUUUCAGAGGGGAGGGGGGAAUUUUCCGCAAAGGGGGCGUCGCGGCCGCGGCGUCCUGGGAUCCCGCAAGGUGCCAGCUCUCGCAGGGAAUCUUAUGGACUCGCAGAUAGAUGCUUUGGUACUUGAGACGGAGGAGGUUUUGUUAUUCGACACAGCCGCGCAGGUUGAGGAGAUGCUAAACUCCCGCCGUGAUGCCGCAGAGCUGCCCGCGCAGCUCCUCAACGUCCCCCUCGUGGCCCUCGAGGAGGUGUGCCGCCUCGAGCGGGUGCAAGCACAGAGUCUCACCCGAGCGCACCAGGCUGGAAGUGCCAUUCUCAAAGCCCAUGAUGAGAAGAUGGAACAGUUCGAUAAGAAGCUGGAUAUGGUGAAGGAGGCGAUUGAUGAGAUCCCGGGCGUACCGGACGAGGGUCUCACGACCAAGCAGCAGAGGGAUGUCCGCCGUGCGGUGGAUGAGGGGCUUGAAGAUAUCAAAGAGUUUCUCGAGACGACGCAGGGUCCGGAUGGGCGGCUGGCGAAGGGGUUUAUGGAAUUCUGUAACUAUUUCGACGGGGCUCCCACCACUAUUGCCAAGGAGAUCCAGGACCAGCUGAAGAAGAGCGCGGAGGACCAGGCGAAGGAGGCGAAGCGGGCGACGGCCGCUGAUAUGGCUAUGGCAAAGCUGCUUGAGGAGCAGAAGACUGCAUCCGCGAAGGAUCUCACAAACACCCAUAAGCUCAUCGAGGAGCUGAAGACUUCUUCCUAUGAUGCCGCGAAGAUAUUCGACAAGCUAGCUACCAUCGAUGGGAUGAAGGCGAUGAGCGAGCUCAUCGAGGGGAUCAACCACGGCCGCGAAGAGCUGCGAUGA